UGUCCCAUUUUAUCCACUUGAAGGCAGUGCCCGCGCCCCCACCUGCACUUGUUGUUUCCCAAUCACUCUCUCCUCCCCUCCUGGCUCUCCCAUGUCCGAUCCCCCUGCUGCUGCUGCUGCUGCUUUCCAUUUCUAGAGCCAGCGCCUGAUUUAACCUGCCCUUCUUUAUUGGCUGUUUCGCUUAUCAGAUCCUCCAACCGUUUCGAUUUCCCCCAAAAUAUCAUUCCUCAUCCAUUCCCCAAAUCGCUGCUUGUCUUAUCUUGCGUUGAUCGAUCCGCCCAGAGCUCAGUUUGCAAAUGCGGGCCGGAGUUUGCUGCCGAUUGGGGUCAUUCUCUGUUUCCGCAUUGCGCCUUUGAAGUGACGAUCUCUCUCCCGCUGUUCCUCGAUAAACGAUAAUUAAACCGCAAAGCAAACGGUUGGUGUUUGAUUUUGUAGAACUGAGAUUUUGAGAAACCCUUUUCGGGGAGGGGAUUCUUCGUCGCCGGCACCCUCUGAGAGUGCUUCUGGUUUCAAUUUGUGCAGUUUUUCCCUGGAGUUUUCGUUUUAUUCUUCUGUAAAUUGUUUUAUCUUUGUAAUUUCUGGAUCCACCGCGACGUUGGAUUAGGUUAUUUCUGCGUUGGAUUUUCAUCUGGAAAUCGGGUUGUUUGAUGGAUGAUUUAAUGAGCUUCUUAGGAUUUUGCUUUGGUUUAGGGUUUUAAGCUCAUGGCAUGAAUGAUGUCGCCUUAGACAUUGUUCGAAAUGUGAAUAAACGAAUCUUCAGUGGGAAUCGCUGUUUGGAAUAGGAGGGUUUGUGGUGUAAAUUGUGUGGAGAAGCCUAGAUAUUUACAAUGUCUCUUAAUUCAGUAGCUAGGAGUUCCUUGGAGAAAAUGCUGGAAUCUCUCCAGCAAAGUGAAGAUAAUGAGAAACCAAAAGACAUACCUCCGGUUCUCCCUGUUCGCCCCAAGCCAACACCUCGGGCUCGCCUUCCAUCUCCCAAGAGGAGGCUGCCCACCAGCUCUGAUUUUAAUGAAUCCGGUAAAUGCUCAUCAAGUUUCAACGAGAAGAGAGAAGCCUCAAAAGAAUCUAAAAUUGGUGAACUGCGGGCAACUCAAAGUUUAUCAAAUGGUACUCUUAAGGAGGAAGAUGCAAAAAGAUUGAAACAAAAUACACUUGUCUCUAAAAAGGGUCAAGAAAUGGAGCCAGGGGAAUCACCAAACCUCGUGGAAGGAUUGGAACAGAAGGAACCCUGUCUGCAAUUCAAGGAGAGAGACAAUGGAAAUCACUCGAGAUCACCUCCACCGUCCCACCCCAAGUCUUGUGAGUCUGAAGGGUUUGGCGGCAAGGAAUGUUCCGUUCAUCAGGUAGACAGAAAACCUCGUGUCUGGUGUCGGGUAGAGAAAGGUAUUUGGGAAUCUGGGCAGAUACAAUCAACUUCAGAGGAGAAGAGUUCUAUUCUGCUGAUGGAUGGAUGUGUUGUAACAGUUUGCACACAGGAUAUCUUACCAGCCAACCCUGACAUUCUUGAAGGCGUGGAUGAUCUCAAGCACCUUAGUUAUUUGAAUGAGCCUUCAAUUCUUCACAAUCUUCAGCAUAGAUAUUUAAGAGACAGAGUAUAUAGUAAGGCAGGCCGUCUUUUAUUAGCAGUCAAUCCUUUCAAAGACAUCCACCUAUAUGGGAAUGACAUUGCUACAGCUUACAAAAGGAAGCUUGUUGACAGCCCUCAUGUUUACACUGUAGCGGAUGCAGCAUACAAUGCAAUGAUGGCAGAUGAUGCCAGCCAGUCCAUCAUCAUAAGUGGGGAGAGCGGUGCCGGGAAGACUGAAACAGCUAAGAUUGCCCUGCAAUAUUUGGCUCUUAGUGGAAGUAGUGGGGGAUUGCAGUCUGAGAUCCUGCAAACAAGCUGCAUAUUAGAGGCCUUUGGCAAUGCUAAAACAUCCAGGAAUGACAAUUCCAGCCGAUUUGGAAAGUUAGUUGAAAUAUACUUUAGUGCUGUUGGAGAAAUAUGUGGUGCCAAAAUACAAACUUUCCUACUUGAAAAGUCGAGAGUGAUUGAAUUGGCCCAAGGAGAGAGAUCAUACCACAUUUUCUACCAGCUUUGUGAUGGGGCUCCUUCUGAUCUCAGAGAUAGCUUGAGGUUAAAAAAAGCUUGUGACUAUUCCUAUCUCAAUCAGAGCGAUUGCUUGGAGAUUCAUGGCGUUGAUGAUGCGAAACAAUUUCAUAUACUAAUGGGAGCAUUAAAUAGCCUCAAAAUUGGCAAAGAUGAUCAGGCGAAUGCGUUUGCAAUGCUUGCUGCAGUUCUGUGGCUGGGAAACAUAUCAUUUGUUGUUAUUGACAAUGAAAACCACAUAGAGGUUGUUUCUGAUGAAGCUGUUGCCAAUGCUGCUGCUUUAAUUGGCUGUAGAACUCAGGAGUUAAUGCUUGCACUAUCAACGCAUAGUAUUGUAGCUGGAAAGGAUAAGGUUUCCAAAAGGCUGGUGCUACAACAGGCCACGGACAGGAGAGACUCAUUAGCCAUGUUCAUCUAUGGAAGCUUGUUUGACUGGCUGGUUGAGAAGAUUAAUGAAUCGCUUGCAAUGGGAAAUAAGCCGCCCAGCGAGAGAUCAAUAAGCAUUCUAGAUAUUUUUGGGUUUGAAUCUGUUCAGAAAAAUGGCUUUGAGCAGCUCUGUAUAAAUUAUGCUAAUGAGAGGCUCCAGCAAAACUUCAACCGACAAGUCUUCAAAAUUCCCCAGGAGGAGUACAAGUUAGAUGGGAUCAACUGGACAAGAAUAGACUUUGAAGACAAUCAAGAUUGCUUGGAUCUCUUUGAGAAGCAGAAACCUCUUGGAUUUAUAUCCUUACUGGAUGAAGAAUCAAAGCUCCCCAAGGCCACAGAUUUAACUCUUGCCGCUAAGCUUAAGCAGCACUUUAAUGGUAGUCGCUGCUUUAAAGGAGAACAGGGUGGAGCAUUUAGGGUUCGUCAUUAUGCUGGUGAGGUUCUGUAUGACACUAUGGGAUUCUUGCAAAAUAACAGAGAUACAUUACCUUCCGAAAAUUUGCAACUACUUUCAUCAUGUACUAAUCAACUGCCUCAGUUGUUUGCCUCUGUGCUUAAAGAAUCUCAGACAAACCCAUCUGUCCAUUUGGGUAUGCUUGCUCAUCGAAAGCAAACUGUUGCAACAAAGUUUAAGGACCAGCUCUAUAAAAUAAUGCAGCAGCUUGAUAAUACAACUCCUCAUUUCAUUCAUUGCAUCAAACCCAAUAGUAACAAAAUUCCUGGUGCAUUUGAAAAAGAUCUUGUUUCAGAACAGCUUAGAUGCUGUGGGGUUUUAAAAGUCAUCAGAAUCUCUAAAUCUGGGUAUCCCAUCUGGAUAACACAUCAGAAAUUUUCAAGAAAAUAUGGGUGCCUUCUUCAUGAAGAUAAUGCACAACUAGAUCCUUUAAGUAAGUCAGUUGCCAUUCUGCGGCAGGUUGGUAUCUGCAGCGAGCUGUAUCAAGUUGGUUUUAGGAAGUUGUUCUUCCGAGCGGGACAGAUGCGUGUCCUAGAAAAAGCUAGAGAACGAGUUGUGCAACGUUCUCCCAAGGUACAGAAGUACUUCCGUGGUCAUUAUACUCAUCAAAGUUUUCAUGACCUCGAGGAAGGGAUUGUAACACUGCAAUCAUUAAUCCGUGGGUGGUUGGCACGUAGGCACUUUAGUCGCCUUUGGCAGUCAAAACAAUCAAGUGCUAAAGGACAGAAACAACUCUGUAGAACCUAUAAUAUGAAGGACCAGCAGCCUGAAAUGUUGCCAUCAGUUGUUGAAAAACUCCAGAAGGAGGUAUCAAUGGCAAAAGUAGCACUUGGGAAUAAGGAGAAAGAAAAUGCGGCCCUAAGAGAGCAAGUGCAACAAUUGGAGGCUCGGUGGUCUGGAUUUCAAUCAAAGAUGAAAUCUAUGGAAAAGAUGUGGCAAAAGCAGGUGGUAUCAUUACAAAUGAGUUUGGAUGCAGCGCAUAAGACCCUUGAUAAUGAAAAUACUGCACAUCAAUCUGGCAAACUUCAUGGGACUCUAUCUUCACUAUUCUCUGAGCCUGAGGAUACUUCUUUGGUGCCUCAGACUCCCGAUGUUAUCACCCCUGCCAGAAUUGUGAACACUGAUAAUGAAGAGGUGGCAGCUGCAGAGACAAAUGAGGACUCGAAUCCUGUCAGUUCUCUAGCGAAGGAAUUUGAACAAAUCAAACAUAGUUUCAAUCAAGAAGCCCAAGUGAUUGCCGAGGUCAAGUCAGAUCAAUCCCCUUCUGCAGAUACCCCCGAGGAAUUGCAGAGACUGAAACACAGAUUCGACUCAUGGUCAAAGGAUUUCAAGUUCCGUUUAAAGAGCGCAAAGACGAGAGUAAUAAAGCUGGGGCAUGCUGAUCCUAGGAGACCAAGCUGGAAAUGGUGGGGGAAGAAAAAUAAGAGACUGAUAUCAAUUUGAUUACACUUAUUCGUCUGCUUACAGAGGGAUACGUCGUUCGGUUGUGUUAUUUAGGUGUAUCUUAGGUGUGUGUUGUACGGGCAUAUAUGGGAAUUGCCGAUGCAUUUCAACUUGGGCUCAACUACAUAAUCCCGUCACAGCAUGUCAAUUGCGUUAGCAUCCUUAGGGCAAGUAUAUUUAUAGUUCUUUUCUUGUCGAUGCA